AUGGGCAAUAAAAUAAACUUUUUGCCUAAAAUUAGCAAUAAAAUGGCCAAAAAUAAGAAGAAAGCGGCAAAGAGCUCUGACUUUAAAGAGGUUAAGAGUAGACUGGGAAAAGCACAUUUACGUAAAUAUAAGUCUAGUGAUGAAAAAUUAUUAUCAAAUUUGAAAAAUUUGAAGAAGUCUGUGAAAUUAUUGCCGCAAUCAAUAACUGUAAAAAAGGACUCUCUGAACGUAACAUCAAGACGUUUAACAUUUCAGGAAUUGGUCGCCAAAUCAAGACAUACCUCCGAAAAUGUUAGAAAUCAUGCAUUAAUGGGCUUUAUAGAGUUUAUUAGGCGUUAUCAGGAUGAAGCAAGGGAAAACUUGUAUGGCUUAUUGCAGGUAUGUUGUGGAAUGUUGGUUUCGGAAUACCCUAGACUACGGGACUCUUCCAAAAAUUUGUUAGUCUCAAUCUUGACUACAUUUUGUUCUGAUGGAAAAAUCAGCGAAAAAUUGAGCGAAGUGAUAUAUUUACACCUGGUCCAGGGCUUGAUGGCCUCCAAAUCCUCUGAUAAUCUGGAGUAUAAUGAUGAUAUAAAUACCAUCAUAGGUUUGAUAAUUGACAAAUUCCAUUAUACACUUUCUUUUGGAUAUGAUGUUAAACUGUUAAAUGUUUUACUGGAAAAACAACCCAGUCCAAUUUCAUAUAAACACUUCAAUUGCGUUUAUUCACUCUCUAAACUUACAGAAUUCCACUCAAAAUCAAUUGUUUCCUACACUAUUAAUGUACUUUAUAACAUAAUUAACUCAGAAAAUUGGUCCGACGAAACUAGCCCUUCCACUAAAGCUGAGUGCAACAGGACAGAAAUUGAGUGCCUUACAACCUCAUCUGUGGUAGUAAAGUCAUUCAAAUUACUGGUUUUGAAUAAAGAUUUCUUGGAAAAAAACGACUAUAAGGUUGUUUACUUGCUUUUGAGCGCUGAUUUGCAGGAGUUUGAACACAUGACUCAGAAGGGAAAGGAAACGUUUGAAAAGUUAUUUUCUGAGUUAAUUCUUUUGAAGGCACAAUUAUCAAUCAAUUUAUUAUUUGAAUUUGACAAACAUCGUAUCGCACUGUUGGCCCCUCUUAUACAUUUGGAAUCUGUUUUUACUAGAUUGAAACCGCAGGAAAUAGUUUAUAUACUUUUUUUACUUUUUGACAACUUCAAUGUCAGGGAUCUUGAUUGGGAUUUAAAGCUUAAAUCUGAGUUUAUUCCUAACAUUUUAAACUUUUUGCAGGAUUCCAAACUGACUCAGUUGGACUCUUUAAAGAGCUAUUUACAUCAAUUUAAACUGAACAGCGGUAAUUUUACAGAAAAAAUCCCACAGUCUUUUGAUGGAGCAACAGAAGAGAUAAAAUGUACUUUGACAAAAAUGGUGUCUGAGAUUGUUAAUAACUUGUUCAAAUAUGUGGAAUCAUCUCCAAGUGUGUGGCCUCUAUUGUUAUAUUUUAAGGGGAUUUCGCCCAGCUUAUUCACACAAAUAUUUCCCAAAUCAACCCACUGGAAUUUUCUACACCAGGGCACCGUGUUUUCAGUUUUUAAUGGCCGUUUCCAGCAAAUUCCUCUCGACUUUGAUCACCUGAUCAGUAAUUUUAUCGCAGACUCCCAUAAUACUAACCCUCACGACUAUGUAAACGUUCUUUUGGAAGUGUGUCUUUACAUGAGUAAAGUGGAAAGGGGGUAUGAAUUUUACUAUAAAUUGACUGAUUUGGCAUGUUUGACAGAGGAAAAUUACGCUAAUUUGGCCAGGAUUUACCUUAACUUGAACUCAAAUGAGAGGAUAAUUGGAUUCUUGUCUGAUCACGUAUUAAAAUUAUUAAAGGAACAAAGGUAUGGAAUGGCGAAGAAAAUGCUCGAGGUGUUGGUAUAUCAUGUGUUUAAUUAUACAAAUCGACUUGACGAGUUUGGGAGAAUUAUUAUACAAUUUGAUCCUCAAAAUGAUUUACUGGAGAAAGUUAAUUCAUUCACGACAUUUUUAUCCAAAAUCAUAUAUGAAUUUGGUAACAAUGGUGAUAACGGAUCGGUGGUUACAACUCAAGAUAAAGAAGAAGACAGAAAUGAGAUAAAUGAUAUUUUGGAGUUUGGAAUUAAAAUGUUAAUUGAUAAAUACUUACUAACACUAAACAAAAUGGAAGAUGAUGGGCUAGGUGGGAAUAGUGAAUUAGUGGAGAAAUUGUUGAAGGAUUUUUAUGAAAAAAUAGGCUCAAAUUUUAAAGAUAGAGAAGUAAUUUUUAAAAAAAUCUUUACCGAAUAUUUUGGCAAGGAUUCCAUUCCAAAUUGGCUAACAUCGCUACCCAAUUAA